AUGUCGUCGUCGAAAGACCCGAGCGCCCGACUGAAUGGCAUUUUCCAGGACGCGUCCGGCGCCGGCGGCGGCAACGACGCGCUGCGGUACACGGCGCCUCGCGAGCCGUCGCACCAGCAGCAACAGCAGCAGCAGCAGCAACAACAGACCACAGCGCCAGCCGCCGCGUCGACGGCGUCUUCGGUCGUGUACUCGACAAUGGUCUCGCUCUAUCAAUACGACACGACGACCCGCACGUACGUGCAGCAGGGAGGCGCGACGACCGGCACGAAGGCGGCCGUUGGGUGCGUCAUUGUCGGCAGCACGGCGUCGUACAAUCUGCUGUUCUACAACGCCGCGAAGCAGCACUUGUGUGCAGUGCCGCUCUCGCUCGCGACGUUCCAGCCGACGCUGCAAGCCAAGAGCUACGUCAACUUUUACGACGACAAGGGCGGGAACUGGUCGGUCAAGUUUGCCAGCGACGAUCAGGUCGCGGCGUUCAUGCGGCAGGUGUUUCUAGCGAAGAUCCACGUCGAGAUCUGGGGCGCGGACAAGACCGUGACCAAGACGAACCCGCGGGCACUGAUUUCCGACGACUUGGUGUUUGUAUCAUCCGACGCGCUGCCGGUGCAUAAUGGCGACACAGUGGCCGUCGCGUUUCGUGCGUGGCGCGUCGUGGGGAACGCCGCCUCGGCGCCCGGCGACGUUGUAACCAAGUACGCUCCGUUUGAGAAAGCAGGCGAGCGCGACUUGCGCAAGAUUCGACUCGGGGACAGCACCGAACGGAUCAAAGCGCUGGAAGAGAGCAUUGUGGGCAUGAAGAAGGGCGGCAAGCGCAUGGUGUUGGUCCCGCCGGGAAAAACAAACGGACAGGACUGGUAUUUGCUCGAGAUUGAAUUGCUCAAGACCAAGACAGGACACGGCGCAACGCAAAAGAAAGCUGUGACGACGGCUGUGGACACCCCAGCUGCAACGGAAGAGGCGUCCGAGGCGUCGUUGGGUCGGAAGGCGUCACGUCGACGGUCGAGUUCAAGCUCUGCCGGCAAAGUCGCUACUGCUGCAGCAACGUCGGCCAGUCCGAACGUGACACGUGGUUCCCGUACUCGAAACGACGAAGCAGGGAAUGGAGACAUGGUCCCGUAUGACGAAGACAGCACCGCUGCGAAACGCGAUAUGGAGCUCAAGGAGCUGCGGCUACUUCAGCGCGAGCAACAGUUGGAGCUACAGAUGCGAGCGCUCGAGCGCGAUCGGAUGGGUGCUGCUGGAAAUGGCAGUGGCUUUGGGUCUAUGGGCUACGGCAUGGGUGGCGGCGGCUUUCAUGGCAACUUCACGGGCUCUUCUACACUAUUCGAUGGCAACGCGCGGGGCGGAGGACGCCCUGUCGACACGGCGCUAUCGGAAUUGAAUGCCAAAGUGGACUACCUCAUUCGCAUGGCGCCAGGCACGUCAUCGUCCAACGCGGCGUAUGGUGUCGGUGCAGGUCCGAGUGAUGUUGCUGCGGUGAUUCGUGGUGUGGAGAGACUCGCAGGCGAAAACGAUCGACUCUUGACUCAGAUCAAUUCGCAGCACCAGCAGCAGUCAUCAUACGAGAAGCGUUGCGAGGAGCUUUUGGAACAGAACAAGCGUCUGCAAGACGAGAAGCGUAUGCUGCAGGAGCGUUUCCAAUCUGCUGCAAGCUCGCAGCUGAAUGCCACUUCCGAGCUAGCUUCUCUUGCGAGCGCACGGGACGCUGCAGUCACGCAGACGAGCCGCUUGCACGCAGAGUAUCAGCAAUUAUUGACAGCUUACUAUCAGCUUCAGCAGCAACAGGGGUCCAGUAACGAGACGGAGGAACAUAAGCAGGCUCUGAUCUUUGAACGCGAAGCCCGCUCGCGAGCUGAAAAAGAGUUGGCGAAGGAAACGCAGGCCCGGUCUUUGGCGGAGCAGGAGUUGACGCUCACAAAGAAACAGCACGAUGUGGCUCUGCAAGUGAAAGCUUCCGAGCUGUCCACUGCAACUGCUCAAUUGGAGCAGCAUGUGCGCUCGCUUCAGACGCAACUGCAGAAGGCAAAUGACGAUAUGUUGCGAUUGCAAGCUCAUGCAGAGGAGCAGGCGCAGCAUUUAGUAGCACAGAGUGAAGCACAUGGACGAGACGCGAAAGGGCAGUUGGAAAUGGCCGCGUUGCAGGUUGCCCAGCUGCAGCAAGAAAACCAGGACAUUGUCGGCAAGAUGGAUGUAUCGUCAGCACGCAUAUACGAGCUGGAGGCGGAGCUUGCGUCGAAGGUGACGACAUCAGAUGCAAAUGAUACAGCAGACGGUGCGCUGGCAGCCGAAGAGAAGCGCCUUUUUGUUGAGCAGAUCGAACUAUUGCACCAGCGAAUAAGAGACUUGGAGCAAGAGAAGUUUGAGCAAGUGCAGGAGGCAUUGGCAUCCGGUCGGUUAUCGGCUUGCAGCCCUGACCCUCAAGGACUUGAUAACGGCGUCGAGGGCGAGCGCGAGCAUUUCGAGGCUAUGAAGGAGCGUGAGCUGGCAGCAGAGCAUGCGUUAGCUACAGCGGAGGCGAUCAAGCGCGAGGCGCAAGAUAUGCUAGCCGUAGCCGCGCGUUCUGGUGGAGGUGCAGAGGAGCGUGAGAAAUUGAUGGCUCUCUUCAAAGAGUCUGUGAACGAAAUGUUCUUCCGUUUCCAGGACCUGUUCGAAGAAGAGACAGCUGUGGAUGGCAAACAAGUGCUUACGGCCAUUCGAAAGGUGCUGAAGUCUAGCACGAAGAGUAUUAUGCAGCAACUGCAAGAACCCGUCGCCCGUGUGCAAAUUGACGUCAAGAACGACGGCAGCACGCAGGAUGGCCCGUUAGCACCUACACCACAAGACACUGCGGCUCCUCGAGCUGGCGCAGCUACCGAUGAAAUCGUCGAGACUGCUAUUGCAGAUGGGGUUGUGUUGCCAUCCACUGAGGACGAACUGGAUGAAGCAACAGAAGGACAGUCGUCUAUCGCCGCUGUUGAUGCUGCUGAUACAGAGACGCCAAGCUCGUCCGCUCCGGAAGCACAACCAGAGUCUGACGAUGUCACGCCAGCCGUUCUGUCCCCCACAGCAGCUGCUCGUGCAGCUUCGUAA